AUCUUCUCCUCCUCCGUCUGCGCUACUUUCGUGCAUUUUCAUACUGACUUGUCGUAUUCAGCUGCUGGCCAUUCUUGCCGACACCUCUUCCUCUCUUCCUCCUCCUUCUCCUCAAGUUGUAUUUUCUCUUAUGGGCUCGUCAAGGACCAAAUUGACUCACAGCAUUGUUAUUGGAACCAGUCAAGGAUCAGAACCAUCGGUAACAUCGAACUCAGUGGCUUGUUGGCUGGAUCCUCAGCGACGCGCCCGUUUGGCUGCCCAACCACAAUCACGACCACGAUUCAGGCGCCAUAUAUUCACCAACACUAGUGCCAGCCUUGAUUCAUGCCUGACUGAUCUGCUGUCUGAUUCCAAAAUAUGUCCUCCUCGCCCAAGCCGCUGCUCUAGUCCCUCGCCGACUCAUUGUCAACCGAGUUGUGCUACCCAAAAGCCGCCUUGGAUUUACACCACUGUUAGGCUGGUCCAUAUAUCCUGUGUCACCUCCUUCGUUCAUUCCUGGAGACGCCUUUCCCCUCCUGUCCCUGCUUCCCAAAAUUUCCGCCCGUCGAUCUCCUCCUCGAUCGCAAACGCCGGCCGUCGAAGUCACCCACGAAAGACAGUAUAUACCUGGAUGCUGUGAAGAAAACACCUUUGCCUGGGCGACUCGUCGCUACCUUCUGCAAGCAUGAAUCCGCAACAAUUCCAAAACAUGGCCGGCAUGGGGAGAGGCUUGCCGAACAAUAUGCAACAGAUGGCCAUGCAGAUGGGAGGGCAGAUGGGAGGGCAGAUGGGAGGGCAAAUGGCACCACAGAGGGGCGGCCAAAUGGGAGGACAGAUGGGAGGACAGAUGGGCGGACAGAUGCGAGGUCAAAUACCUGGAGGAAUCCCCCAGCAGAUGGGCGGACAAAUGAGUCUCAGUCAUCCCUCAGUCCAACAACAUAUAUUCGACGUGCUCAAUUCACAAGGACCUUACACAGGUUGGCAGGCCAAUGUCCAUGUGAAAGAGCGUGCUGGUCAGAUCAAACUCCUUGUCGAUUCGCUCCGGCUGGUUAGACCUCCAGUUGAGCUGCACCGCGCGAUCGAGGUCGCCUUGCAAUUCGAGCGGAAGUGCUUCACUCAAAGUGCCAGCAGGGAGGAUUAUGUGAGAGAGUGUAGUGACAAACUCGGGAGAAUUCGUGACCAGCGGGCUCAGCAGAUGAAUCAAGGCGGCGCCGGUUUCAUGCAAGGCAUGCAGAUGCCUAUGCAGCAGAACAUGCAAAUGCCCAACCAGAAUUUUGCUCAGAUGAUGCAAAUGCAAAACAUGAAUCCCAACAUGGGCAAUAUGCCUCAGAUGAUGCAACAACAAAUGCAAAGCUCGCCCAUGAUGAACCAACCUCAGCCCACAGGCAAACCACAUUCUGUCAAUCAACCUCCGCCUGGGAUGCCAGUCAACAUGCAAGCAAACAAUCAGCAGAAGCAGAACCAAGUGUCAGAACUGACUCCAGACGAUAACAAAGCGAUCAACUUGAGGGCAGCCGAAUUGGCAAAGAGCACCCCUAAAGAGGAAAUGAGAAAUAUUGUUGAAAAGAUGAAUCCCCAACUGAGGCAGAGUCUGUCUCAAAAAUCUGUUGAUCCCAUCAUAUAUUACUUUCGCAUGCUCGCCACAAAGGAGUUUCGCCGAGCCAAGCAGUUGGAGACUGGCAUGGGCGGUGCUCAGAUGAACAAUAACGCCAACAUGAUGAACCAGCAACAGAAUCAGCCCAAGCAAAUGAAUCAGUCCAUGAACGGUGCUUCAAAUGGGAUGGGUGACAUGGGCAGGUACCAAGGUCUGCAAGCAGAGGGUCUAAGAUCCCAAGGUGAAGGCGAAUUGGUGGUGCCUGCCAGUAAUUCUCAAGGCAUCCUGCCUGAGCAGAUGCGCAUCCAGCAGCAGAUGUUGGCCAAUCAGCAGCGCAUGGGUCAACAAGGUCAGGGCAAUAUGAACCCGGCAUUCAUGGCCCAGCAACAACGUCUACAGGCUGCACAGGCGACAAAGAUGCAGCAAGCACAAUUGCAAGCCCAGAAUCAAGCUCAAGCUCAAGCUCGUGCUCAGGCUCAGGUCGCCCAGGCACAGAUGGCAAAUCAACGUCAAGGGAUGCCUCAGUCUAAUACUCCCUUAUCUGCCAUCAACCGCCCUGUUGGUCCAAACGUCUCGGGCGCCAGCCCUGCGCAGCAAAUCUCCCGGCCUGCAUCAGGCACGCCUAUGAUGAACCAGCAGCAGAUGCAGAUGAGUAACGGCAUGCAGCAACCAGGACAGCAGCAACAACAGCCAAUGAAUCUGGAACAACACAAACGAGAGCAAGCUCUGGCAAAUUUCCCUGCACCUCUUCAGGCAAUUCUCCGGUCCAAACCACAGAGUGAAUGGCGCAACGUUCUGCAACAGUUCCAGAACAGUGGCAAUAUGAGGAGGAGUCUAUCGCAGCAACCUCAAGGCGUGCAGCCUCAGCAGCCACAACAACAGCAACCCCACCAAGUUCCGCAGUUGCAAAAUGGUGCUUUCCUUGGUGGUGCAAACAUUGGAGCUAUGCCGAUGAUGCAGUCUCUGUCGCAAGGAGCUGUGUCCCAGCAGGGGGACAUGAACAUUAUGCAGGCACAAAUGCAGCAAAAUCAAGAAAUGAUGAGACAGCGUCAGAUGGCCAUGCAACAACAAAAGCAGCAACAACAACAGCAGCAGCAACAACAACAACAACAGCAGCAGCAGCCGCCGCCGCCACAACAACAGCCACAGAAUCAAGGCCAGCAGCAAGUCCCUCGGCAGCAAUUGAACUCUCAACAGAUGAAGAUCAUGGAUCAGCAGGCUGUGCCUUCAUCGGUCUUCAAUACCAUUAGGCAGAACGCGCCACUGCCUGAAGUGAAGACCUGGUAUCAACUAAAACAAUGGCUGAUACAAAAUCCAGUACCGAACUGGCCAGUCUCCCACAUUUUGGAUAUUCAGGCCACGCACUUUCUUUACAUAAUGAAAGGUCGAAGCCAGCAACAGCAGAACAAUGCUGUGCCCCAGGGACAGCCGUCUCAACAAAUGCCGCAACCUCAAAUGCAAGGCGCACCUGCCCAACCACCCGUGCCUCCCAAUUCGAUGCGAGUGCCAAAUCAGAUCGACGUCCAGAAGGUGCGAACUGCAAACCCAAAGUUAGCUAACGCGACCGACGACCAAAUCCGUACAAUGAUCCUUCAGCGACAACGACAACAAAUGCAGAAGGCAAUGCAACAACAACAACAACAACAGGCAGCUGCCCAAGGUAUGGGGCAGCCGAUGCAGUUCUCAUCAUCACAACAAGGACAGCAAUUUGCAAUGCAAGCACCCCAAAGCCAGCAAGCGCAGCAGCAACCUCAUCCAGCAUCGGCUCAAGCAGGCGCACAACCUCGUCCAUCGCCAACGCAGCCCGACAACAAACCUGUCAAGCGGCCUAGUGAUGAUGAUGUUAUUGAAAUGCCUAACCCCAACCUCAACAAGCAACCUCAGCCUCAGAUGGAAGGAAAGUUGCCGCAGUUGACGAAAGAGCAAUUCAAUGCACUGGACCCAGCAAAGAAACAGCAGUAUCUGAACAUGCAAAGAGAGCAGCAACUGCGUAGGAGGUUACACGAGCUCAUGAAAGAAGUUCAAUCGAGCAUGCCCAAACUGCGACCAAUUCCAAACAUGGACCCGGCAAGUAAAGAGCGUCUCACAAGCAUGUUGACUUCCGAAAAUGUCAAAAACAUGGUGGGCAGGUUCGAUGCAUUCCUCAUUGCCUGCUACCGCAUGGAUCAGAACGAAGCAAAUCUGAAGCAGCUCACAAUGCAGAAGAUACAACUACUGUCACAAUAUAAACCGGAGGCUUUGCAGAGGAAAGCUUUCGAGGUGGUAGACAAUUUCAGCAUUAGCCCUGAGACCGCCGAGACCAUCAUCGGCAAUAUUAUGGCCAAGUUCCAUCAAACCGUGGCCACGAUUCCCCAGAACAAAACACGACAACAGCCUGCACAACUCACGCCUGAGAAUUUGAAUUUGUUGCAAGCUCAGGAAGCGGAACGGAAGAAGUCAUUGAAAUCAAAUCAAGUCCCGCCUGCUCCGACAUCGACACAACCUCCGUUCCAACUCGGUGACAAGGGACAAGGAGCUCCGACUUGGUAUGGUAAUCAGGGCCUCAAGCAAGAAGAUUUGAAGCUUCCUGCCAAUAAUAAGAGACAGAAGAAAAAUCAGCAACAAGCUACUCCAGCUGCUGGUACACCCCCUGUUGUUACUUCGCCUCAGCAGUUGAAAGCGCCAAAACCGACAGAGUCUUUCAAGUGUCCUGUCCAAGGUUGUGAACAUCAGCUCAAAGGGUUUGCCACACAGGUUGAGCUUGACCAACAUCACAAUGUAGCUCACAAGUUAGAUAUGGAACCCGUCACCGAUCCUCUCGCCUUCUUGAAGGACUCGCUGCGAUCCGCACUGAACUUGGACGAAAAUCUGAAGCAAAUCAAGAAGCCAAAGGCAGAGACCAAAUCGAAAAUCAAAGACGAGAGUGCUGCAGCUACGCCUAUGACCAAGAUCCCCAGUCAGGCUGGGACGAAGACUGGUGACACCAAGAUCGAAGACGAUGAUCCCUGGCAGCACACCAACAUUACGCUUGACCAGCUACGUGUUGCAUUUGGUGGGGAUGAAUGGGAUGAGCUGUUCCCUACGCAGGAGAAGCAUUUGGAACAGCAGUCCAGGUUCUAUGAAUCGUACCGCAACAGCAGUGAGAGAUGGCGCAAAAUCACCGAAGGUGCGCACGGUGCUUUGACGGAUACUUCGACUGAAAAGUCCAAGAGCCCCGAAUUCGCAAGCGAUAAGGAAUUGCCUGCUGCAAAGGGCCAGAAUGCAGAAUUGGAGAAGAAGGAAGAUGACGCGUGGGUCGUCAACCUGCAGGGUAUCGAGGGCCUUGACCUCAGUGGUCUGGACGAACUGUCUCCUUUCGAAAAUAUCGGCGAUAAUGACGUUACGAUGGGCGAGAGUGGGUCUCCGUUCGAGACGAUUGAGAAACCUGCGUUGUCGACGGAGGAGAUGUUCCUGCGGCAACAUGGACUGGAUAUGGCGCAUCCCGAGGAUUGGACGGUGCCGCAGAGGGAGUUGGCGGAUUUUGUGAUGCAAAAGAAACUGUGAGAUUUGGCAAGGGCUGGCUAGGAGGGGUUGGCAAAGAUCAGCUCGCUCUUGACCUACGACUACAUGCAUUCAAUAAGUAUUUUUAUUUCAGGUGCGACAGCUAAGGCUGACCUGUUAUUUUGAGCACGGUGUCGGUUGGUAUAGGUGAUAUCAGGUAUUUUGGAGGCUCAUGGGAUGCAAUUUACGACUCAAUGACUUUCUUUUUGUUCUUUUGGCGAAGGCUCAACCUUGACCUUCGCCCGGUACCUAUGGCGAGCCCUGUUGGCCGUGGCUUAGUCUGUGGUUUUGUAUCACUACGACAAAUGAUAUCCCUGCAGAUUUCUCCGGUCGGGCACUUUACGAUGGAUCGGCCACUUUGAGCAAUGCUACUGGUGAGGCUCUGGAGUUGAAUAUGAUAUGACCACAAAGGCACGAUAGGUCAAAUAUAAAUGGAAAUGCUCCGUACCACAUUCAUUAAGUAAGGUAUCGAGUACUCGAUAAUUGUUCCAACUU